CGCCGUGACUGGAGCGGGCGCAGGGAGCUCAGACAGACCGAGUGACAGCAUCUGAGUCCCGCGGAGGAACACCCCGAAGUCUCGGUGGACAAUCUCUGCGGCGCAAACAAAAUGCCAAACAAAACCAAGAAGGAGAAGGAAACGGGCAAAUCUGCAAAGAGCAGCAAGAGCAGCAGCAGCGGGAAGGAUGCCGCCUCGGAGAACUCUGAUGAGCAGGGCAACAGCAAGCGCUCCAGCAACAGCACGCCCCCUCCCACCCAGCUCAACAAGAUCAAGUACUCCGGGGGUCCCCAGCUGGUGAAGAAGGAGCGGCGCCAGAGCUCGUCCCGCUUCAGCCUGACCAGGAACCGGGAGCUGCAGAAGCUGCCCGCCCUCAAAGAUGCCCCCCCCGUGGAGCGGGAGGAGCUGUUCGUGCAGAAGCUGCGGCAGUGCUGCGUGCUCUUCGACUUCGUCAGCGACCCGCUCAGCGACCUCAAGUACAAGGAAGUGAAGAGGGCGGGGCUUAACGAAAUGGUGGAGUACAUCACGCACAACAGCGACGUGCUGACCGAGGCCAUCUACCCCGAGGCCGUCAUCAUGUUUUCAGUGAACUUGUUCCGGACACUCCCCCCCUCCUCCAACCCGACCGGCGCCGAGUUCGACCCCGAGGAAGACGAGCCCACUCUGGAGGCAGCCUGGCCCCACCUGCAGCUGGUGUACGAGUUCUUCCUCCGCUUCCUCGAGUCCCCAGACUUCCAGCCAAACAUUGCCAAAAAGUACAUCGACCAAAAGUUUGUUUUGUCGCUCCUGGAGCUGUUCGACAGCGAAGACCCUCGAGAGAGAGACUUCCUGAAGACGAUUCUGCACCGCAUCUACGGCAAGUUCCUGGGCCUGCGCGCCUACAUCCGGCGGCAGAUCAACAACAUCUUCUACAGGUUCAUCUACGAGACGGAGCAUCACAACGGCAUCGCUGAGCUGCUGGAGAUUCUGGGCAGCAUCAUCAAUGGCUUCGCUCUGCCGCUGAAAGAAGAACAUAAGAUGUUUCUGAUCCGAGUUUUGCUGCCGCUGCACAAAGUCAAGUCGCUGAGCGUGUACCACCCUCAGCUGGCGUAUUGUGUGGUCCAGUUCUUGGAGAAGGACAGCAGUCUGACGGAGCCUGUGAUAAUGGGUCUGCUGAAGUUCUGGCCCAAAACCCACAGUCCGAAGGAGGUGAUGUUCCUGAACGAGCUGGAGGAGAUUCUGGAUGUCAUUGAGCCAUCGGAGUUUGUUAAAGUCCAGGAGCCGCUCUUCAGACAGCUCGCCAAGUGUGUUUCCAGCCCGCACUUCCAGGUGGCAGAGAGAGCCCUGUACUACUGGAACAAUGAGUACAUCAUGAGUCUGAUUAGUGACAACGCUGCCAAGAUCCUCCCCAUCAUGUUCCCCGCCCUCUACAAGAACUCAAAGAGCCACUGGAACAAAACCAUCCAUGGGCUGAUCUACAACGCCCUGAAGCUCUUCAUGGAGAUGAACCAGAAGCUGUUUGAUGACUGCACGCAGCAGUACAAGGCUGAGAAGCAGAGAGAGAAGUACAAGCUGAAGGAGCGUGAUGAGAUCUGGCAGAAAAUCGAAGUGCUGGCCCAACAGAACCCUCAGAGUCAGAAGCUCCGCCCACUCCGCUGUGGACUCCACCCACAGGAGGAGUUCAUGCUGUUUGGGGAUGGAGGUGUGGGGGUGUUCUCCAUGGAGACGGAGACCCCCACCGCCGAGGACAUCCAGCUGCUGAAGAAGACGGUGGAGAGCGAGGCGUCGCAGGGUCUGAAGGAUCUCAAGAAGGACAAGGUCCUGAUGAGGAGGAAGUCGGAGCUGCCGCAGGACGUCUACACCAUCAAAGCCCUGGAGGCCCACAAGAGGGCGGAGGAGUACCUGACAGCCAAUCAGGAGGCUCUCUGACCAGGGGGCGUGGCAACCACAAACCGACAGCCCUUUCCUCUUGCCUGCUCUGGCACCGAAGUCGUCACCGACGUGGAAAGUCGAAUGAGGUCAGAGGUGAUGCUAAGACAAACUGACGCUCGGCUCCGCCCACUGACGGCCGAUAACCAGUGAGACACUUAGAAGUUCAGUCCUCCACGUCUGUCUGAAGUGUUUGGACGCUCCACUGUGAGUGGACAUUCUUCCUGUGCUGCACUAUCACCCACCACACCUCACCGCUACAGGUUCCUGAACGCCUCGUCAGCUGUGCACGACCUUCAUGCUUCCAUUGUGAAUGUUUCCUGUGCUUGCUGGAGCUCGGUGCGUUCAGGGACGCCUCGUUUCUGGGUGUGCGCUCCAAACAUGGUGAGGAAUUCUGAUCUAGAGAUGUCCGUGAAUGCACCAUCGGAGGUAAGACCACGAAAAAGCAGGUACCAUGAAUGUGAACCCAACCAGAACUGAGGUGACGGGGGGGUAGGCGGGGUCAGCAUCCGCAUAGCCCCGCCCUCAAUGGGCCACAGCCUUCUUCAGCUCCUCUUUGGUGGCAGCUCUUCCUGCUCUCUGUGGGAGUGUCCUUUACAGCUGCCAAUCAAAAUCAGUGAACAUUCCAGUGGGUGAGAAAGCCCCGCCCUCUUUGAGACGACCGCCUGACAUGUUUAGAUGUAAACAAGGAGCGACUCGAACAGAACCUCAUCCCAACAGACACUAAAGUGGGCCUCCGGCCCGGUCACAGGUGUUGAUGUACAGAAUCAAAUAAACCUGCAGCCCACACCGCGA